AUGCGUUCGCCCGGUGGACGAUCAAGAUCCAUUACGCUCCCACUGCCAGUCGAAGUCGUGCAGCGCUACUAUGAUUGCCUCACGCACAAAGUCGACCGCAACGGCCAGCCGUUCGACCCUUCGCAAUACAACUUGCGCAACUACGUCAACGGCGCCAAGAGUGCGCUUGUCUUCUUGCACAAGGACGUCUGCGCGAUCUCGCCAGAACUUGACGCGAUGAUGACGAGCAAGGAACCGCUCUCCAUGGAGGGCUACAUGUAUCUCGUCGAGACAGCUAUAAAACCAAGUAGAGACCCACUCCUCUCCAAGAAGGCGCAUGCAUUCCUCGUGUUUUGCUGGAACCUAGCGACGCGGGCAGCCUCGAGAGCGACCAUCAUGUACGAGAAAAUCACGUCUUAA